CUUUGGGGCAAGAUCGAGAAACGUUUGAAACAAAAAGUGCUUUUGUUAUUUAUUGAAGUGCCGGGCAGUGAUCCGGACUUAGUUAGUGACUGAUCGGCGGUAGAUUCGGUUGUCUUCACAGAAAUUGUUCGGCCAGAGGAGGAGACCCCAACGCCACUGGAGUGUGAGCGUGUGUGACUCCUGACCGAUACUGUUAGUGAUAGCACUUGAUAUCAGAAGUAAUUGAAGCAGUUGUUCCGUACUAAAAGUUUUUACGCGAAAAAGGUGAAAAAUAAGAAAAAUAAACACGUGAAGUCGGUGGAAGAUUUGCGCGCGAAAUUUACAGAAUACUAACUGUGGAAGGAAAUACAAACUACCUUUGUUCAGGAAGAAAGCAAACAAAUAUUGAUCAAAUCAAAAGCGUUGCCUGGGAUUUUGCACAUUGAGUGAUAUAAAAACGAUAGUGAACUAAUUUUUCACUGCAGGCAGGCAAUAAGUGAACUUGUGCACCAGGCGGAUGUGUGUGAAAACGGCCUGCAGAUAACUAACAAGGAAUCUAUACAAGAAGGAGUACACACAGGGACCGCCGAUUACAACGGGUUUAAAGAUAAACCAACGGUUAUAACAACACCUCAAGAAAAAUGCAGUCCCUGGUGGAUAAGCUGAGAUUUCUCUACAAGCCGUACGUCCUGGCUGUGCUAACCAUUGGAUACAUUGCGGGCGAACUUGGCCACUAUCUGAUUGGAGUAACGUCCAAAGCCACUGCUGUCGAGCUGGACUACGGUGACCACGCGUGCCAGCAGAACCAUACCGAAGUUCAUCGGCAUCUGCUCCCACAGCAGUGUGCCGACAUCGAACUGGAACAUGAAUGUCACGGGCAACACCUGAACGGAACAGUGUACUGCGAAUGGAACUACAACGGACUGGGUCUCGAGUAUCAACUGCUGGCCGGUCCCAGCUUCAUUGCCGUUUUCACCGUUAUGGGCGUUGUGCUGGGUUUUGCCGCGGAUCGAUACAACCGCGUCCGACUGCUCACCGUAUGCACACUGGUCUUUGCCGUUGCCAUCGUUUUCCAGGGAACCGUUAAGGAAUACUGGCAGUUAAUUCUGCUGCGUAUGGUUAUGGCCGCUGGUGAAUCCGGUUGUAACCCACUGGCCACCGGUAUCAUGUCCGAUAUCUUCCCCGAAAGCAAACGUGCUCUGGUGAUGGCCAUUUUCAACUGGGGAAUCUACGGUGGAUACGGAAUUGCGUUCCCCGUUGGUCGGUACAUCACCAAGUUGGACAUUUGGGGUCAAGGCUGGCGCAUCUGCUACUACGGAACAGGUGUACUUGCGCUUAUCGUGGCCAUCCUGACCGGAACCACCCUGAAGGAACCAGAACGGCAAAGCAUUGGCGAAGAAGCGAAUGGCAAGGGAAAAGUCUCACUGACCAAAGCUCUGAUGCAACCACGUGUUAUCCUGUUGAUGAUUGCUGCUUCGAUUCGUCAUUGCGGCGGAAUGACCUUCGCGUACAAUGCCGAUUUGUACUACAAUAUCUACUUCCCAGAUGUGGAUCUCGGCUGGUGGCUUUUUGCUGUGACGAUCGGAAUCGGAAGCGUCGGUGUGGUGAUUGGUGGAAUCGUUUCGGAUAAGGUCGUAGCCAAGAUGGGAAUCCGGUCUCGAGUGGCAUGCCUGGCCAUUAGUCAACUUAUUGCGACUCCCUUUGCCUUCGGAUCCGUCUAUUUCGAGCCACUUUGGGCGAUGAUCACCCUAGGAAUCAGCUACUUCUUCGCUGAAAUGUGGUUCGGAAUUGUGUUCGCGGUGCUGGUGGAAAUCGUUCCACUGCAGGUCCGUUCGACGACCAUCGGCAUGUUCCUGUUUGUGAUGAACAACAUUGGAGGUAAUCUGCCAAUUUUGGUUGAUCCACUGGCCAAGGCGAUCGGUUACCGAGGCUCAGUGAUGUUCUUCUAUGCCGGAUUCUAUGGUAUCAGUACCGUGCUGUUUUUCAUUACGAUGUUCUUCAUGGACGGACCAAAGCCCGAACCAGUCACCGAAGAGCACCGGAAUCAGGUGGAGAUGGGUCACGAGAACAACACCUUCCAGCCAGACGAUUUCAUCAACGGCAUCGGUGGACCCAAGACUAAUGGACACAACAUUGUGCAUGUGAGGCCUACCGAGAAUAGUAACCUAUAGGACAAAUUCACAUGGAGUGAAUGAUAGUUAGGGUUUUAACAAGUAAUUUUAAGCUAGAAUAUUCAAAAAUGACACGAUGAAUCUACCGAGCAGGAAUCACACAACCGUUAUGAUGUAAUAUGAUGCAGCUUUUCCUCCUAGCUGUGGAAAGGAAUCUCAUAUUUCAGUUUGUUUUUAACCGUCGUUCUCAUUUUGAAACCAUGUACCUCCGACGGUUUUUGUUAACCGAUGAUCUGUACCAUGACAGAAUUCUGAAUGCGUAACCACUGUAGUUGACUUUGUAUUUAAAUUGAAGUAAUAAUUUAUUUCUUCAAAAACGUGUUUUAAACGAUAAAACGAAAUACACAAUUACGUAUAAAUGCA